AUGCCCGACGGUAUUGACCUCGAGAGCUUCUUGCAGCACGGAUACUGGCAAAACUCCAGGGUGAAGACGACGGAUACAAGAGACAAUACUUCGUCAUACUCGUACAACAACACAUCUAUACCGAGAUCCUCUCAUUCCACCGAAUACCCGCCCGAGUUGCGACGUCGAUCGUUCUACCCACCGAGCCCCAGUGUCGAGGACGAAUCCGCGUCGAUUGCUAAGGAAUAUGGGUCAAUCCUCUCGGCUUACCCUGACGAGGAGCCACGGUAUCCUGGAGAUCCGGAUCAAUUGCCGAUAAUUUCUGGUCCCUUGUAUGAGCAUAAUCCCGAGCAACGAUUUGUUUUUCUCGGCCCCAGCUCGUCUUCGACCUCGGACGAAGAUACAACCGAGCUGAAGAACAAUGACAGCCAGAAGCGCUCAGUGGAUGAUACCGAAAAGCCUCCGCUCACAAAGGGCAAGGAGCGAGCGCCAGAUCGUGAAGAGAAAAAUGACUGCCAGAAAUUUGUUCUAGUUGCAUCGGACGGAGAGAAGGAAAAGUUGUCCUCGAGACCUGAGACAGAAGAGCGCUCAAAACGCCCUAUUCGCGAAAGACGCAAGAGUCGGCUGGAAGAUCUACCCACCAUCAUCACCGACCUUGACCGUGAUGGGCACGGAGAGUCGCGGCAAAAGGAUAUUCGAAGAUCGCGAUCUGCGAAUGGGAGAGAAACGGGUAACGACGACUACUUUUCGCCUCGUCGCAGUUCUCAGCGCUACCCCAAUGAGUCUCUGCUGUCUCCGGAUGUGACCAAACACUCUACCAAGGGGCGCGAUCGUACAUACUAUGACUACAGCGGACCGAAUUCUCCUAGUCAAGGACGCAGCAGGGCUCAUGGGGAUGACCAUCCUGGAGAACGGCGGCAUUCUAGACGUCCCGACGACACUCUUGACAGGCCAUAUUCUGCGGGACCAGUAGAAUCACGAAAUCCCGAAACUUCACGGAGUGCACGCAAGGUGGCGCAAGAAGGGUCAACAGGCCGGGAAAGCAGAGAUGCACUCAACGAAAAGCACCGCCAAAAUGGGGAUCGACCAGCAAACGUUGACCGGACAGACUCUUUGUCCUCAACCAACCGUCCCGACCGCGAGUCCUUGAAGCCGCGAUCCUUGAGCUUUCGAGGCAAGCGGGAGUCAGACGACUCCAGAUUCUCAAGUGAGGAGGAAGUGGACAGACGUCCCACUCCCCGCCAGCGAGUCAAGUCCUUUGUGCAUGAAGAACGGAGUGGUCAUCUGCAAACACCAACAGAGCCAAAACCUCUUGGUAGGCGGUCAAAGCCAAGCACGCCACUUGCAUCUCCACGUGUUUCUCAAGGGGAGCUAUUCCCUAAUCGAACUGAAUACAAUGAGCGACGAAACUCACGCAGUGCGACGUUCCCAAUGAAUGUCGGUAGGGAGAAUUCGAAGCCUGAGGGCAGAUUUCGUACAGAGGAUGACCUUUCGCGACCAGUUUCGCGAACUUCAACAGCAAAAUCCUCGCUUAGCUCUGCCGUCCCUCUUGCAGUCCCUGUAUUGACUGCUGUUGCCGCUGCCGCUGCCGUAGCGGCGAAGGAGCCUGGGAGUCCAGCCGAUCGCAAACCCUCAGGCAUUCCUCCAUCACAAAAGCCUGUGCCGCAGAAGGCCCGUGUGUCGGCUGAUGAGAAGCCCGAUUCGCGCUCGUCUUCAUUGACGCCGUCCUCGUCUACUACGUCAAAGCGCGAUUGGGAGCCACCCAAGUUUGAUCCCUACAAGGACGGCGUCCACGAUGACAAGCCCAAUGCAUCAUACAGAAGAUAUUCGGAGGGACACAAGGGCAGUCUUCCUGACUUGCCUGAAUGCCCUAGGACAAACCCACAGACUCACCAUGUGGAUUGGCUUACACUGCCAAAAUGCGACCAUUUCAACAUAUGCCCAUCAUGUGUCAGCACAGCUUUCGCAAACACGGAAUGGCAGAAGUCUUUUGUGUUGCCGCCGUUCCGGGCUACUGAUAAGCCUUUAAAGUGUGACUUUGGUGCAUCGCCAUGGUAUCACAUCGCUUGGCUGCUCAUGCACAAGAACCAAAUACCAGAUCUGGGCAUGUUCCAAGGACUGAACAAUGUGACAAGAGAUCAUCAGCCAUGCUCUGGAAAUCAGGAGGCAAUUCGUAUAUGGUAUACCAUCAAGGACCCGGAGACGCGGCGCCCUGUCCGCAACUUCAAGGUGUGCCACCAUUGCGCCAAGAGUAUUGAGACCCUCUUGCCUAGCCUCAAGGGUGUUUUUGUGCCGGUGGGACAGCCUGGGGAAACCUCGCGUGGCAUUUGCAGCAUGCGAAAACAAAAUCAUGCUGGUGCUGGCCGGGAUCGAUUCGUGGUUCUCUUCGAUCAAAUGGAAACGACCUCUGACCUUGCUCUCGCGUCCAAACGCUCCCCAGACGUUCAUGCCCUAGCCAACAAGGUACGCAAGAUUUGCUCGCUCGACGAGUGCUACGGCGGCCAGCCGGUGCGGGAUCGCAAGUGGUUCUCUAUGCGGUCGAUGCCCUACUUUACCGUGUGCGAAGAGUGCUACGAAGACGUCAUUUGGCCCGAGAUUGAGCGCGGCGCCUCAAAUGUAAAGGCCGAGUUCUACAAUCACUCCCAGCGGCUCGACACGGCAGCGUGCCAGCUGUACUCGGACCGCAUGCGCCGCUACUUUCGCGACGCGGUCAAGAAUGAUGACUUGGAAUACCUCAAGUCCAAGAUUGCGCGGCGCAGACAAAAGGAACAAGAGUUUUACGACAGUAUCAGGAGUAUAGAUGCAGAUGCCGCAGCCAGGGGCUGGGACAGAGAGCGCGUCGAUGAUGAGAUUGAGAGAGCAAAGAGGGAAUGGAGGCGGCAUGAAUAA